AUGGACGGCCUAAGGGAACGUCUCAGUGAGGCCAUCAUCCCGCAAGCCCGGCGAUACCCCCUACACGCUAUCCUCGUCACGACUAUCAUUCUCUUCAUAACAACGAGACUCUUCACAGGCAAAUCAUCUUCUUCUCGGAAAGAUGGAUCUAAAACACCACCUCUUGCGCCUUUCUGGGUGCCGCUGUUCGGUCAUGCUCCACGUAUCUUUAUCAGUCCCUCUUCCGCCUUGACGCGCCUCAGGAAUCGAUAUGCCCAGGGGGUCUUUUCCAUUCGACUGUUCCAGAGCAUUCACUCUUUUGUUUUUCGACCGUCGCUCGCUGCUAGUCUCCUUGAGCAGCCAGAGUCUGUCGCCGAUAAGGAGUAUGUUGCGAGGCGCCUUAUGAUGACUAACUUUGGUCUUUCAAAGAGGGAUCUUGCAGCUUAUGAUAAAGCCGCUGCUGAGGUUCAUCAGGUUACCAAAGAGUAUCUGAGUGGCUCUCAUCUGGAUGACCUUUCCAAAGCUACUCUCAGAGACCUUGACGACAAUGCUUCUGAUGCAAUCUCGUUCAACGGCUAUCCUACCGACCAGAUGGAAUGGGAGCGAAUGGCCAACGCAGAACUUUUGGAGGACAAGGAAGAAAAGACAAUGGCCCUGGACUUUUUCGAGCUGAUGAAGACCUUCAUUGCCAGAACUGCCACCAUCUCCGUAUUCGGCACGGACUUUGUCGAGAUCUACCCUGACAUUUGGCCUCAUCUCUGGAUCUUCAACGACGCCUUCCACUCUCUCGCCAUGGGUGUUCCUGUCUGGGCGCCGUUCCCAAGCUCCCAGAGGGCUAAGUUCGCUCUUUCAAGAUUGCGUACUUUCAUGCGCGAGUUUCACGAUGAGUUCGACAAGUUUCUCAGUGAUGAGGAACCAGCAACGAAAUGGCAAGACUUCCACACAGUCAGCCCGCUUGUUCGCGCCAGGGCUGAAGUCUACCGAAAGCAUGGUCUAUCCUCUGACGUACGCGCUGCAUUCGAUGUAGCUCUUCUCUGGAGCACGACUGUCAACUCUACGUCACUCAUCUCGUGGUCUUUGUUCGAGCUUUACCAAGACCGUGUUCUUCUAUCGCAGAUCCGUGAACAAAUCACUCCAUUUGUCAAGAUUGUUCUGCCUAAGAAUGAGUUCGGAGGUGCUGUCUGGAUUCCUCCUCAGAUUGAGAAGCUGGAUUUGGAAGGUCUUCUGACGGAAUGCCCCCUACUUAAAGGAGUCUACCUUGAAACACUGAGGCUGUAUGGUGGAGGAUGGUCGGCGAGGUACUUGAAGGAGGACGUCACACUCAAAGACAAGGAAGAGAGUUUCGUCUUGAAGAAGGGGACUUUUGCCCACGUUGUCAACGAUCUUCAUCACUCCGACCCUAGAAGCUUUACCGAUUCUAAGAUCUGGCAGGUUGGUCGCUACCUCGAAGACGUUGUGAAUGAAAAAGUUGUAAAGACACAGAGGAUUAACCCCUACUCAAUCAGAGCAUCAGAUGGGUCACUGACCAUGUGUGAUGAUUCUGACUUUACUCUGCGCAAGGUGCUCAUGUAUGUCUCCGUCUUCAUCUCUCUUUAUGACCUUGAGCCUGCGGGAAGUGAAAGAUGGCCUUCGCCUUCGGUUGUGAAGGGCGUGGCUUCAGCGCAGCCGUGGAGGUCGGUCAGAUUAUGGGCAACGCGAAGGAUAACACCGCAAGCCAAAUGA